CUUGCGAAGGGAAUUCCUUGCAGAAAUGGCUGUCAGGGAUUAAAUCCGCCUGCCCAGGGCGGUUUGGAGUCCCCGUCCCUGCAGGAAGGGCUGGAGGUGGCUCCAGGGCUGGGGACGCGGUGGGGAUCGGGCACUGCUCGGGCUCGGUGACCCUGGAGGCGUCCCCAGCCUCAGGGAUUCUGUGCUUUAAAAGUGUCUGAGCAUCUCCGACAGUUGCAAAAAUUACUGGUUCUGCUGUGCCUCCUUGGUGAACAAUGAAGGUUCUGCUGCUGAAGGAUCCCAAAGACAAAGGUUCAGGACCAGAUCCUUAUAUUGAAGAAUUAGGAUCAUACAACUUGGAAGCAACGUUGAUCCCAGCUUUGUCAUUUGAAUUCACCUCUCUUGACAGCUUAUUUGAGAAGCUUUCCCAUCCAGAGUGUUAUGGAGGCCUGGUUUUUACCAGCCCAAGAGCAUUAGAAGCCAUCAAGAUAUGUUUAAAAGAGAAGAGUAAAAAAGAGGCCUGGUCAAAAUCUCUUAAACAAAUGUGGAAUAUCAAACCAACAUAUGUGGUAGGAAAAGCUACAGCCUCUUUAGUGGAAGAAAUUGGUCUUGUUGCACAAGGAGAAAUGGCUGGAAAUGCUGAGAAAUUAGCUGAAUAUAUUUGUUCAAGAGAGAAACCCAAUUCCUCAGCUCUCCUGUUUCCUUGUGGAGCCCUGAAAAGAGAAGUACUUCCUACAGCGCUUAGAGAAAAAGGCAUACCCCUGGAAAGCCUCACAGUUUAUCAAACAGCCCAGCACCCUGAUCUGCAGGAAUCUUUGAGCAGUUACUUCUCCCAACAGGGGAUCCCUGCCAGCAUCGUGUUCUUCAGCCCCUCUGGUGUCAAAUUCUGCCUCCAGCACAUCCAGAAGCUUUCAGGGGAUUUGAUCAACCAAGUCAAGUUUGCUGCCAUCGGCCCCAGCACAGCAAAGGCGCUGCGAGACGCCGGCGUCGCCGUGAGCUGCACUGCAGGGAGCCCCACGGCCCAGGACCUGGCUGCUGCCCUGCACACAGCCCUGCAGCCUCACAACUGCUGCCUCUGACAGCCCAGCCUGCCCAGCAGGGCACUCCAGGAGAGCUUUUCCAACCUGCAGACCUGUGGGUUUUAGGAUUAUGAAGCACUAUCCUGGUCAGGGAUGGCUGUGAGAAGGUUGCACUGAAAUAUCUUAAGAUAUCUGGGAUCUGUCCAGCAUCCUUAAAGCAUCCAGCUCUUCCCCCUUCCUCCUGUGUGCACUGUGAAUAUUUUAUCCUUGAAAAGCAGCUGUGAAUACUGAGAAACUGCAAUCGGCCCCAGACCUCACCUCAGGUAUCCCCCAGCACACAGCUCAGGUUGGAUUUCUCUGUAUGAUCAGUUUUAUUUGCACAUCUUCUGUAGG